CAUCCAAGGCCUAUCAACUGAUCUUGGAGUACUGCAUCCACAAGGAUUUGAGAGCAACUUUAUCAUGAUCAGAAUUGGUCCAGCUGGGGUCACUGACGGCCGUGGGAUCGGGCCUUGGGAUGAUGGGGGCAAGGAGAAACUUGUCCAGAUCUUCGUCGCACAUGGAGACUCUAUUGAUUCUCUCCAAUACCUAUAUGUUGAUCAAAAUGGAAACUUGGUUUUGUCAGCUUCACAUGGUUGUACUUUCGGAACUUCCAAGUUUGAUUUGGUUAAGCUUGAUUAUCCAUCAGAGUUUAUUACCGGUAUAAGUGGUUGCUAUGGCAGUAUCGGCUCCAAUACCAAUAAGAAAAUUUUGUCAAUAACAUUUACCACCAACAACAGAACAUACGGACCAUUCGGGGGCCGUGGUGGUGAAAACGACUCUGCUUUCCGAUAUCAACUGGGACUAGACCGUUCGUUUGGGGGAUUUCAUGGAUAUUCAGGCAAUUACCUUAGCGCUAUUGGGCUCUAUGUGAAGCCAUUGACAACUCUAAGCAAUGAUCAGGAGAAACUGAAAAACGAAAAAGUCUAGAACCCGGACCAACUUUGUGGUUUUAUUACAGCAGUAGGAUGAUCAGUUGUAUUAGCAGUUUCUACUUUUAUGCACUAUUUGCUAGACACCUAUGAAGUUCAAGCACAAUGUAAUAUCGUCACAAUGGAUUAUUCAAAUUUUUGCUUUUGUUGAAA